AUGGAGACUAGAAUUAGAGAAAUCAAUAUUUCUAAGUGGGCAGUUGCUCUAUAUGAUGAGUGGAAUUAUGAGGCUAACUAUAAUUUCAUUGAUGAAGGUAGAAUUUUGAUACUGUGGAAGAAUAUAUUACCUUUCUCUGUUGUUGGGGGAUCAGACCAAGGCCUUACUAUUCUUGGUGACAUUGCUGGCCACAAAGUUUUUAUUACUGCAGUUUAUGGCAGUAAUAAUAGUCAAACUAGGAGGGGACUAUGGGAAUACUUGAGAAACUUGGAGAAUGAUGUUGGUGCUUCUUAUUGGGUAGUUAGGGGUGAUUUCAACAUUGUAGCUGAGGGCUGCAUGGAGGAUUUGGAGUUGCAAGAUCACCCAUUUGUAGGACCUAUUUUUACUUGGUAUAACAAACAAGAAGGUUCCUACUUGGCCUGGAAAUUAGACAGGAUUCUUAUUAAUCCUCAGUGGAUGCUAGAUUUUCCAGUCUCUUUUGCUGCUUCUGGAAGAUUGAAGCCUAUUUUGAAGGAUUUGAAUAGAACUCAAUUUUCUGAUAUUUCAUCAAGAGUAGCUGCUAAAAGAGCUGAACUGGAACAUAUUCAACUUGCUAACCUUGCUGCUGCUAAUCAGGCUGGGAUAGAGGAGGAGAAGAAAUUACAAGCUGCUUUAGUUGACUUCAAAAUGGCUGAACUGGAUUUCUAUAGACAGAGAGCUAAGGUGCACUGGCUGCAGGAAGGUGACUUAAGCACAAAGUUUUUUCACCAAAAAGUUGAGUCUCAAAAGAAGAAGAACACUAUUAGAGUUCUUAAGAAUAAGAAUGGGCAAUUGCUAGAGAAAUUUGAUGGCAUGGCUGCUGAGUUAGUGGAUUUUUACAAUAGGGUUAUAGGGGCUGUUGACCCCUUGGUUAAGAGUUGCAACCCUGAAUGGUUAAAAGAUGUAUUGAACUAUUCCUUGCCUGCUGGUGCUGAGAGUACACUAGAAGGUGAGAUUUCAGACAAGGAAAUCAAAGAGGCUUUGUUCAGACAGGGGAGGGAUAAGAUCCCAAGCCCAUAUGGCUACACCUUCUGGUUUUUCAAGGCAGCUUGGGAGAUUAUUAAUAGAGACUUUCUCAUUGCAAUGAGAUACUUUUUUCAGUAUUCUUUUCUCCUUCCAACAUUUAAUGCUACUACUAUUGUCUUAGUGCCUAAGUCUUUGAACUAUAGCAUGGCUAAGGAAUUUAGGCCUAUAUCUUGUUGCUCUGUUGUGUAUAAAAUAAUCACUAGAAUCUUGGUUACUAGGCUUGCCCAGUUUUUCCCUGUGUUGGGGGUGCUUAGCAUCCUGGAUAAAUUCUAUGAUUUGUCUGGACUGAAGUUAAAUGCCAUGAAGACUAAAAUUUACUCUUGUGGAAUUUCUGGGGGAGAAGUGAAACAAAUCAGAAAUGCAACAGGCUUCAGAGUUGGACAACUCCCUGUUAGGUAUUUGGGGGUGCCUCUGGUGACUAGGAAGCUUUCUGGGACUGAUUGUAAAGCAUCAUUGGAUAAGAUCAAGGGAAAAUUGAGACAGUGGAGCAGACAACUUAUUCUGCCUAAGGGAGUUAUCUUGGACAUAGAAAGGUUGUGUAUGAGGUUCUUUUGGAAUGACAAUGACUCCCCUGCUCGAGGUGCCAGAGUAAACUGGAGUCAGAUCUACUCACCUAAAUUAGAGGGAGGUUUGGGACUUAGAAGCUUGGCUGGUUGGAACAAAACUUGUUUUCUGAUGCUUAUUAAAAAUUUAUUGGAUGGUGAAGGCUCUCUGUGGAUAGCCUGGAUUAAGGCUUACUGUUUUAAGCAAGAUGAUUAUUGGAAUGUUACAUCUAAACCUAGCUGGACUCUUAGGAAGCUUAUCAAAAUGAGAGAAUAG